AUGGGGAGGAACCAGCAUGGUUUCCGCGCUGAUCAACGUGCACGAGUACGUGAAGAUGAGGAUGAAGAAGUGCUCUCCAGCAACCAGGAAGUUUUGCUGGUGGAGCUUCUGGGCCUGCAGAGACACGUUCCUGUGACCUGGUACAACUUGCCUGUCACGGUGGCAUGCUACACCGCCCUUUUCUGUCUCUCCGCUUCCGUCAUCAUUCCGCUGUAUUUAAUGAGGGAGCGCAGCUACAACAACGAGGUGCGCAACUGCCGCAACGCCUCCACAGUCCGGCGGAAAAUAGGAGAGGUGCGCAUGACAAGAGCACAAUCUGGUGAGGUGACAGGUUACAUUGCGACAGCACCGGGCUUGUUGAAGGUGUGCCAGGUAUUGACGUGCGUCAUCUUCAUUCUGGUUAGUGAUCUUGAGGCGGACGAGUGGCUUGUGGGGCUCCAAUGGUGCAUGGUGGUAUACUGUGUCUGCUUCAUCCGAACCAUGGUCUUGGUGCUGUUGUGCGUGGCCGAGUGCACCAGCUGACUGCCCGUUCCCUUCUGACGUUUUCUGUCAGCAUGCGGCCUCUUGACGGACAUCAUGUACUUGACGGCCUCCAUCAUCUGGCCCAUCUUCCAGUUUGGCAAGCGCUACCAAGUGCAAGGCUGUGCGUGGUUAAGCCUGAUCGCCAUGGCAGUCCUCAGUGGCCUCAACUUCCUGCUUUACCUCGCCAGCCUGGCGUACACAGCCAGACUGGAGUUCGUCAGCGGCUGAUGUUGACGUGACCUCAACUGAUGUUUUUUUGUAUACAUAUAGGAUGUGUAUAUAUAUAUAUAUAUAUAUCAAAGAUGGCGCCCUCCGUGGCAGACGUCUCUGUGACACUCUCCCGUGUUUUUCUAUUUUUUGCUAUUUUAUUGUUCAUUUUGGACAUUCAACACACUCACGCAGUACAUUACAACAGAGAGACACUUUUGAACAUCGGCAGGGUUCACCAUGAACUUUCAUUUAGCCUCUCAGACUUUGCCUUUCUUCUGCGCCGGGAGAACGCACCAGCCUGCGGGCCUGGUGAGCUGAAUACCCGGCGAGCAAAGCAUUCGAGGCGUAAACGAGGCAAGCGGGCCUGCCUGCAUGCUAGGCUAAAAGCUAGAGCGACUAGGCCACCGCUACCAAGCCUGCUGCUAGCCAACGUUCGCUCUCUUGAAAACAAGAUGGACGAACUAAGAGCAAGGAUUACAGCUCAACGUGAGAUCAGGGAAUGCUGUGUGCUCACCUUCACAGAAACCUGGCUGACGGAUCGGCGAUCCAGUUGGAAACAUUUGCUGCUUACCGGGGAGAUCAGACUUUAGCGUCUGGUAAACACAGAGGUGGCGGCGUCUGUGUUUACGUAAACAAACGGUGGUGCACAGACGUACAGACGAUGGAAAAGCACUGCUCGCAGGACAUUGAGCUGCUGAUGUUGAAAUGCAGACCUAUUUAUUUACCUCGUGAGUUUAGCACUGUGUAUUUAACUGCUGUUUACAUCCCACCACGAGCUAACACCGCUAACGCACUAGGCCUCCUGCAUGACAUCAUUGAUAAACACGAGACCAAACACCCAGACGCUGUAUUCAUUAUAUCUGGCGAUUUCAACCACUGUAACCUCAGGACUGUCCUCCCCAAAUAUUACCAGCAUGUGAGCUUUCCCACAAGGGAAAAUAACAUUCUGGACCACGUCUACAGCAACAUGAAAGGUGCUUUGAAGGCUGUUCCAAGACCCCACUUGGAAAGGCUGACCACAUCUCUAUAUUCCUUUAUCCAACAUACAGACAACUUCUUAAACAAGCUCCCCCUGUAAGUACAGCAGUUAAAGUGUGGAAUGAAGAAACUGAUCAAGUACUUCAGGACUGCUUUGGCUGCACAAACUGGGAUGUGUUUAAAAGUGCAGCGGGAGGGAAGAUUGUACUGUUGAUUUGGAUGAAUAUGCUUCUGCUGUUACUGGCUACAUUAGCACAUGCAUAGAGACUGUUACCACCACCAAGUAUUACAGAAAAUACCCUAACCAAAAACAGUGGAUGAACUGUGAUGUAAGGGCUAAGCUACGUGCUCAUUCGACUGCAUUUGUCAUGGGCACCGCUACAAAAAGGCCAGAUAUGACCUGAGGAGGUCCAUACGAGAGGCCAAAAGACAGUACAGACAGAAGCUGGAGGGCUACUAUUCCACCUCAGACCCUCGGCGCAUGUGGGCGGGGCUCCAGCACAUCACAGACUAUCGACAGCGGAGUAGCGUAGCCACGUCCAGCCAAACCACACUUCCAGAUGAGCUGAAUGAGUUCUAUGCCCGCUUUGACACCCAAACCCCUGAUUAGCAGAGAGGGUGGCUGGACUUGGGGAGCACACAGGACUCACCUCUCAUGGUGACAUCAGCUGAUGUGCGCAGGGUUCUGAACAAAACAAACCCACGAAAAGCAGCAGGCCCAGACAACAUCUCAGGACGUGCACUUCGGGUUUGCUCAUCAGAGCUAGCUGAUGUGCUUGCUGACAUAUUUAACCUGUCGCUUGCACAAGCAUCUGUACCGACCUGCUUUAAGUCCACCACCA